CACCGCCACUAUUUAAGCAACGAAAAUCAUAAAUUUUUAAACAGUUCCACAUUAAGUGACAAAGUGACAACAGCGCAAGUGUGCCGAAAGUUCAGUGCAAAAUAACCGUUAAUUCAUAAAAUUUCAAUAUCUAUCAAAAUGAACGCCUUAAUAACCUAUCUAUUGUGCACAAGCGCCGUUACGCUCUCGUUGGCAGCACCACAGUACGUCGAUCCUUAUGUGACACCAUUGCCACAAUUCUCACAGUUGAGCAGCACACCGUAUACAGGGUAUGGCACAAAUAUACGCAUAUGGCCAUGGGUUAUUGGGGAAUAUGCCUACCCCAAUUACCAGUAUUACUCAAACUACUGGAAUAAUAAUAAUAAUCCUUCCAGCUAUCCAUAUAAUCCCUACGAUACGAAUGUCGGCUAUAAUCGAUACAACCCCUACAAUCCGUAUAAUCCUUACAACAGGAAUACCGGCACGAACACCUACUGGAAUGGUUAUGCUUGGGUCAACAGCUUUCGUUCGAAUGUUAACAAGUGAAUGGAGAAGUCGUGUGGUGUAUUGAGUAUAUGUAUUUGUUAAUCAUUUGUGAAAAAUUUUAAUAAAUUUGUUAAUAUUAUUUAUACAAUACAAUA